AUGAACAAGGCGUUACGUCAGGCCAUUAUGAAACGGUCUCAAUUGAAAAAUCGUGUCAAUAAAACAAAAAACACGUCGGACAUUAUAAGCUUUAACAAACAACGUAACUAUGUGGUAAAACUUAACAAACUCGCAAAAUUAGACUACUUUAGUAAACUUAAUAUUCGUAAAAACACAAAGCCUUUCUGGCAAACAUGUAAACUAUAUUUUUCUAAUAAGCACGCACAGGGUAAUGCUGAUAUUAUAUUAAUUGAAAACGAUAAAAUUAUAAUGGAAAAUAAGGACAUUGUUGUUAUUUUUAAUUCCUUUUUUGGAAAUAUUGUGAACUCAUUGGACCUUUACAAAUGGCCCAUAGUUCUAGAAAACCAACCUUCAGAUGAGAUAGGUAACAUCACCAGAAAAUAUGCGAACCAUCCCAGUAUAGUAGCUAUAAAAAGUAAUUUUUCCAUAAAUCAUAAAUUUGCAUUUAAUCCAGUAACACUAAACGAAGUCAAAGAAGUUAUUAAAAAUCUACCUACAAACAAAGCUACAAGUGGUGAUAUUCCUGUAAAAAUUCUGAAAGAGUCUGGUCAAUGCUUUGAAAGACUGCGUGAUUGUAAAAACGAGGAUAUAAAAAAUAGUCGCUUUCCAAAUUGCCUGAAAAAUGCAAAUAUAAUUCCCAUAUUCAAAAAGGGUGACAAGACAGUAAAAUCGAAUUAUCGACCAAUUAGUAUUUUGCCUCUUCUGUCGAAGGUCUAUGAAAAAACUUUUAUACAAACAACUAUCAAAUUAUAUUGA